AUGCAGCACGCGCCCCUGCAGUCCUUCCCUUCAUCCUCGACGUCCACCUCGGGGUAUAUCCACCCGACCCCACACCUCGAUUCGUCAUACACCUCUUUCCACCCAGGCAACGGCAAUGGGAAUGGCACCAGCAGCAGUGGCAAUGGCGCUGGUCCCUCUGUAUCGCGGAAGAGAUCGACGUCGCCAAUCAAGUACUCGGCCUCGGCGGGUCAGGAUGGGGAGGGGGGGAGGCCAGUCAAGAUGAUGCGUCCGACGCUGGCGUCGGCGUCGGGUACAGGGGACGGGACGCUCAACAUGCGGGCAGAGGAAGAAGCUGCGCGUCGAUAUAAUACUGGGAGACCCUAUACAGGUCCUUCGACCGGUGGGAUGAGGCCAGAUCCACAAGGGAGGAUCAGUGAUCUGUUCUCGAGGUCGUUUCUACGAGAGAGAGUCUCGCGUCUGACUAGAGACGCCAAUACAACGCUGGACGAAGAAGCCCUCGCCUAUCUCUCGCAAGCGGCCGAACAGCGUCUCCGCGCUCUCCUGACCUCGUCCGUCCGCGCUCACACCCACCGCACUCAGACCUCCCAUCAUCGCCCACCACCCUUCGCGCCCUCCCACCGCCCACAAAGCACUCGGGACGAGGAUGAAGACGACGCGGCGAGACCCAUGUGGUCUCAUGUCGUUACGUCGGAUGUGAACGCGGUGAUGGAGGCUCUCGCGCGGCAGAACAAAGAGGCCGAGCUGGGGUUUAGGGCGUCGAGGAUGGACCGGAUUGCGAGGGAGGCGGAGAUGGCUCGGAUAAGGGAGAUGAGGGAGGCGAGGGCGAGGGAGACUGGGCAGAGCGUACAGCAGCCUCAGAGCGCGCAGAUAAAUGCGGAGGCUAGUGGGUCGGGGCAGGGAUCGGGCGGGGGCUCGCAGGUCGGAGAAGGAGAGGGAAUGGACGUGGAUGAGCAGAGUCCGUCCACUACGGCCACAUCGGCGACUCCCGCGACACCCAGGGAAAAGCCAAACGGGACCUCGUCCACCCCAGCACCGGCCGCCGCUUCGUCCACUCCGGUCUUUGGCGCGGUCAAGGAACGGCCACUCUCCAAGAAGAAGAAGGGCAAAGGGGAAGUCUCGGCCGAGACGGCGCACAAGAUGUCCAACCUCACCGCUAUGCGCGCGACGGGGGUGAAGAUGGGCAAAUACUCUUGGUUGAACAACGCACCAAACGUGUCUAGUCCGCUCGCUGGGAGGAAGAAGAAGGCCGCAGCGGUAGGAGCGGCGGACGCAGACGGAAAGAAGGGGGACGAGGCGGAUGCGCCAGGCGAAGCGGACGCGGAGGGCGAGGAGGACACGUCCAGUGCAUCGGGGUCGGGAAUGAAGAGGGAGCGGAGUCUUGACGAGGCGGAUGGGGACUCUGGGCCUUCUACCGGUCUGGGAGCCGGAGGGGGACCGAGGAAAAAGUCUAAACUCUCUCAAUCGAUUUCGGUCGAUACAGACUCUCCCGCCACGCCCGCCAAACCGCCCAAAAAGAAGAAACGCCCGAAAAUCACCAUCCCAGCUCGUCGUCUCGUCCCCGUCAUGCCUGCUCCCCCACGUCCAGGUUCCGCUCCCUCUACAUCUACAGAGUCAGCGUCUGGUACCGGUCCUGGAUCUGGGUCUGGACCGAGUGGUGCUGGUGGGGGCUCGGAGAGACGGAUGGUACCCGACGACCAGGCGCUUACGGCGGUAGACGUCAUGUUUGCGUUGGAGCGCGAGGGGACAGGAAGGGGGAUGGGGACGGCAGAGGAGAUUAUUUGGAGAUGCCAGGGCACGGCGGGCGGGGUAUGGGGCAAGGAAGUGGGGGAGGUGGCGCCGAGGAGGUUAUAA